AUGAGAUUAAGACUUGCAAAAAGACAAAGCAAAAACACAUGUCCAGGAGAGCGUUUCGAGACCUCCCCCGGCAGGGCCGGAGGCAACUCGCGAGGGGCGCUUGCGCCCGCCUGGUACAGGCCCUCCGAUCGAGGGACUUGGGUUAAGUUAGCCUGUAGCGAUGGCACGGGGCUGAUGAGUGAUGGGGGCCACGCUUUCUUACUGUGGCUUUCGCCCCCAAAAGGCGCGCCGUCGGGCUACCACAAGUGUGUGCCUGGAGGCGUCAUUUCAACUGGCCACGCCCAGAUCACUCAAACAGUGGAUGUAUGGAGUAUUAUCAAGGGUAUGUAUGUCUGUAGGAGGGAUGCCAAAUGGUAUAAAUCAGAAGGGUUAUUGCCCACUGCAGCAGGCCCAUUCACCCCAUUUUUCCUCCAAGCUGUCAACACACUUGCCUUUCCCGAACCAACCCAACCUCACAAACCAAUCCCCUUCAUCCCCGACAUGCACGUCUUAUCCGCUGCUGUUUUUUUGGCGGUGGUUUGCAACUAUGCCAGUGCGACAGCCUUCCCUUGCAAGGAACCUGGAUUGAGUGAAGGUGUUUGCCAAAUAGACUUAGUUCCUAUCGGAAAUGAUCCAAAGGAACCAAGAAAAUUCGAACGCGCCUUCAAGGAUAACAGCCCGGUCCACAAGGCCGCUCCGUUUAUUUGUUCUCUGGGGACCCCCAAGUGUUGUCGUCCUGAGGAUGUAGCACACAUUCGACCUGGUGAUAAAGUACCGAACGAAAAUACUAGCAAAUGUCACGACGUCCCAAUUCAUGCUCAGGCAGUCUAAACCUCAUUUUUUCCCCCGAUGUCAUCUCUAGAACUCCUGUCUGGAACAACAGACUUGUAUACUUGCAUUGGAUCCCUAUGAUCAACCGCGAGCUGUGCUUUCUUUCGGGUCUCCUUGGUUUUAUCUCGCUCUACUUCUGCUUCUUGAAGGAUAUAUACAUCACAUGAACUAUGAAUGUGCUCAUUAGGGCGUUAGACAGACUUAUAGAAUCAUUGCAAGUAGAAAAUAAAACUGAAAUCCCG